AACCCAUACACAGAACCACAACCUCCACAAUGGCCGCUCCCAAAAUCCCCGUCAAGACCCGCGAGUUCCAGAACCACAGCAUGGACUCGGAGGUCUGGAACGGCUUCCCCUUCCGCCCCGACGACAUCUUCAUUGCGACCUAUAGCAAGUCCGGGACGACUUGGGUGCAGCAGAUUGUCGGCCAGCUGACACAAAACGCCAACCCGGAUGUGGCCCCCGGGCUCAUCUCGCCGUGGGUGGACACGCGCUUCGUGCCCAAAGAGGCCAUGCACGGCAUGCUCGAGGCCCAGACACACCGGCGCUUCAUGAAGACGCACUCGCCGCUCGACGCGCUCGUGUGGAGCCCGGACGCCAAGUACAUCUUUGUGGGCCGCGACGGCCGCGACAUGAUCUGGAGCCUGCACCACCACUUUGCCCGGGCGACGCCGCUCUUCUGGCAGCUCCUCAACGACACGCCCGGCCGCGUGGGCCCGCCGUACCAGGCGCCGACGUCGCCGGACCCGCGGGACAUGCUGGUCGACCUGGCCGAGGACGACACGCGGGCGUCUCUGCCGUGGCCGUUCUGGAGCCACACCCGCCAGUGGUGGGAGGCCCGCGACCAGCCGAACCUGCUGCUCGUGCACUUCAACGACAUGAUGAAGGACCUGGACGGGGAGAUGCGGCGGAUCGCCGAGUUCCUCGGGGAGGGCAAGAUGGUCGGCGGCGACAAGUGGGACGAGGCGGUCGAGCACUGCACGUUCCGGUGGAUGAAGGAGCACGCCGAGCAGGUGAGCCCGCCGCAGGCCGCCGUCGUGUGGGAGGGCGGCGCGCAGACCUUUGUCAACAAGGGCACCAACGGCCGGUGGGCGGAUGUCCUGUCGGCGGAGGACAAUGAAAAGUACCUGGCCAAGGCGAGGGCGGAGCUCGGAGAGGAGGGCGCGAGGUGGCUGGAGAAGGGGCGGCUCGGGUAGGUGGUGUGGCACGGAGUCGUGGCUGGAAGUAAUAGCGGCUGGUCGGAUAUUUGAGGAGUCCAGUGGCGGCUAUGCCAUCUACACCAGCCAGUUGUUCUAAACGAGUGUCGAGACGCGAAAGUCAUUGUAUUGAGUGAGCCGCUGUACAACACAUGAAUGGAC